UUUAUAAACAAAUAAACAUACAUACCAUAAACAGUAUUUUUUUUAGUACCUAUUGUUAAUUUCGGAGUGUAAGUAAAAUUAUUAUCUAAAAUCUAAAUACAUAAAACGUUGUUAAAAUUAAAUGAAAUGGAAGUAAAACAAGAAUAUGGUGAAGACACCUGUAAAGCAGAAAUAUAUUCCAAUAAUGCAGAUGAUGAUGCUCUUUUAAAUACCUUUAAAUGUGGAAUUAAAGAGGAACCCAAUAGAGAAAGUACACAUGGCACUUUUGAUUAUUUAGACUUAAAAGAAUUCCCUAUAAAGACUAAAACCAAAGAUGAAAGUGAACUUUUGCAAUUUGAAGAAAAACAAAGAAAGGAAAAGGAUAGCAGAAUAAAAGCUGAAAUUAAGGAAGACUUUGAUGAAGGUAAUCCAGCAGAUAUAGAGAGUCAGCUAUCGACAUCACUUGAUCUGGGAGUCUUUGAACAUGAGUAUACCUCAGGCUUAUCUCAGAUGAAGCUGGUGGAAUUGGAAGUUAUGAAAAGGAUUCCUGAAGAUUCAAAUAAUAAAAAACAAAUAAGUGUAAACCCUGAAGAAACAGCAUUAAAAAAUUCUAUUUAUGCUAAAGAUUUACCUGACAAACAGAAUUUAAAGCAGCAUACGGAAGGUUGGAUUGGAGAACGUCACGAAUGUGAAACGUGUUUUAAGCAGUUUAAUCAAGCACGUAAUUUGGAAAGACAUUGUUUAAAAGUGCACAAUGGAGAAAGAUCGCAUAAGUGUGACAUUUGUUCUAAGGAAUUUACUACAGCAGGUACUUUGAAAAGGCAUAUGAGAGUGCACACUGGGGAAAAACCUUAUAACUGUGAAAUUUGUUUCAAGCAGUAUUCUUAUUCAAUCGAUUUAAAAAGACAUUUAAUAAGACACACUGGCGAGAAGCCUUAUAAGUGUGAACUUUGUUUUAAACAAUUUAGUGAUUCGCGUUAUUUGAAAACACAUGUAAGAGUGCACGAUGAAGAAAAACCUCACAAGUGUGAAAUUUGUUUAAAGCAAUUUAAUAAAGCAGGUACUUUGAAACAACAUACGAUAACGCACACUACAGAAACCGCUUUUAAGUGUGACAUUUGCUUUAAGACAUUUACUACGGCAGGUAAAUUGAAAAUACAUUUGAGGGUACACACUGGAGAAAAGCCUUACAAGUGUGAUAUUUGUUUAAAACAGUUUUCUUAUAAGAAUUCUUUGGAUAUACAUAAAACAGGUCACACUGGUGAAAAACCUUACAAGUGUGAAAUUUGUUCUAAGCAAUUUACUCAGGAAGGAAGUUUAAAAAUACAUUUAAGGAUACACACUGGAGAAAAGCCUUACAAGUGUGAUAUUUGUUUAAAACAGUUUUCUUAUAAGAAUUCUAUGGAUAUACAUAAAACAGGUCACACUGGUGAAAAACCUUACAAGUGUGAAAUUUGUUUUAAGCAAUUUGGUCGUAAUGGACAUUUGAAAGAGCAUUGGAGAGUGCACACUGGUGAAAAACCUUACAAGUGUGAAAUUUGUUCUAAGCAAUUUAGUGCCACGGGUAGUUUGAAAAGACACUUAAUAAGACACACUGGCGAGAAGCCUUAUAAGUGUGAAAUUUGUUUUAAACAGUUUCGUGAUUCACAUUAUUUGAAAAGACAUUCAUGGAUACACACUGGGUAAAAGCCAUACAAGUGUGAAGAUUGUUUUAAUCCAUUUAGUGAAGCAGAUACAGUGGAACCUGGGGCCAGUCAGUCAGUAGCCAUGGCAGGGGAAGCACGUUCAAAUAACACUGCCGAUAUCAGUAGUAAUAUAGUUUGCAGAAAAUGUAAAUCUAAAGUUGUUUCACCGGUAAAGUGUAUAUGUGAUAGCUGUUAUCAUCCCACGUGUGCCAAAAAACUGGAGUUACAAAUUUUUGACAAAGUUUUUACUAAAUGUUGUGAAAAAACCGAAGAUAAAGCAAACAGCGACUGUGAUGACAAAUUUUUCGAUGCCAUCGAAAACUUAGCUGCGUCGACAGAAAAUAAGGUAGAUAUACACAUCUUUAAAUAUAUUAUCAAACAAAAAGAUCUCUUAAUAUCAGAACUAAAGGAAAAAAUAUUCCUAUUAAAUACACAAAUUGACUCAUUGAAACAAUUAGAAACAAAACAAGUUCCGGAAAAAACUGACUAUUCUUUAUUUAAAAAAUCUAAACACAAAGCUGAUAACAAUAAACAAGUCUUCAAUUCACCAGAGUCAACAAUAGGCCAGGAGAAAUAUAAGGAAAACAAUUCAAUUAGCGCUAAAGAUAUCAGCGAAGCCAUAAACCGAGCGCAAAAUAUAAUACCUGCAUCUAGUCGAACCGAAAAGACUGGAGAUGCCAACAUGCAAAUAAGCAGUAACAUUCCUACGGAUUGGCAGAAAGUGACUUACAAAAAAAGAACACCCAAAAAAAACUUAUUAGUGGGUAACUGUUCUGGAAAUUCGAAUGUAGAAGGAGUGGAUCAAACAGUUGCUUUAUACGUAUUUAAUCUGAAACCGCAAUCAUCUGCAGAAGACCUUCAAUAAUUUUUAUCAAAAAACCUGCCAGAAGCCAGCUGCUCAGCUCUUCCAUCUCGUCGUCCUGAUAUAUAUUCUUCUUUCAAGAAAAUUGAUUUGGCCAAACAAAGCCUGUAUACGAAAUUUUUUUCAAUUGAGGAAAAAGAAAGUGCAAGUCGAGUAGAAGUAUCUAUCGACAAUGAAACAAAACAUACGUCAAUUUUUAAAAUUAUAUAGUUAAAUACAGCGUCCAUUAGAAACAAACUUGAAAGGUUGGAAAUUCUGCUUGACCAAGAAAAUCCUGUUGUCGUCAGUAUUGCGGAGCACUGGUGUAAGCAGGAUGAAAUGUCUCUAAUGGUAACUCCGGGUUACGAUCUUGUAACCAGUUAUUGUCGACCUAUCCAAUAGCAUGGCGGAUCGGUUCUGUAUGUGAAAUGUAGGUAUGAAUAUCAGAUCAUCAAUGUGUGCCAGUUCGCUGUGGAGAUGCAUUAUGAGUGCAGUGCGGUAAAAAUAAUGUUUUGUGAAAGAAAAGUUGCAGUCAUCAGUAUCUACAUGCCUCCCAGUGGAGACUUUUAUUUGUUUUUGAAGCAGUUUUCCUAUACGAUUGAACUCUGUAAUAGGUAUGUUGACGAUAUUUUUAUUUGUGGUGACUUAAACAUUGAUUAUUUAGAAAAUAGUUUAUUUAAAAUUCUUUUUAACGAUGUUCUAAUGAGCUACAAUCUAAGCAUAACCUCUAUGGUUCACGCAAGGGUAGCGACAAAUUGUUUGAACUAAACUUCUAUCAGUAAGAUUGAUUAUAUUAUAACCAAUACAGCUAAUAUACUUCAAUGCAAUUCUAAUGUUUUUGAAGCGCAUUUAAGUGACCAUAGAGCAAUUAGUUUGGCCAAAAUCCAAUGACCAGCCUAAUUAUAAAUAUUAGAGACUUGUCUGACGAUAACCUUAAAUUUCUUCUGUGCUAUCUGUAACUGACUUUGACGAUAUUUAUUUAACCGAUAAUAUUGAUAAAUCCUUUGAAAAUUUUAUAAGUAGUUUAAUAUAUGUGUUAGAUUAUUGUUGUCCAGUAAAACGGUAUAAUAUCAGUAAGCAGACUUGCAAUAAAAAAAUGGAUUACUCCGGAAGUUAAGCAGUCUAGUGUUCAUUUAAAAAAAUGCUUACUGGCUUAAUAAGGAACUAAAAGAUGCCAAUUCUCUUGCAAAUUAUAACAAAAUUAAGAAAGACCACGCGGAACUAUUACAAAAAUCUAAAUUAAAAUUUCAUGAUCAAUUGAUAAAUAAUUCAAGUAAUAAAAAUAAAACUGUAUGGAAUCUUGUUAACAAGGAAACUGGUAGGAAGUCUAUCCAAAAAAACAUAGCAUUAAAUAUAGAUGGUGAAAGUUGUACUGAUUCUAAGCAGUUGUCUGAAGUUUUUUGUGAUUAUUUUGCUACAGUAACCGAAUAGUUGCACAUCUUCUACUAUUAUAAUAUAUAAUAUAUAUAUAUGUGGCAGGUCUCUUUUUUGAUCUAACCCGUGCCUUUGAUUGUCUUGAUAGCCGUUUUGUUAGCAAUAAACUGUAUAAUAUUGGUUUUAGAGGCAUAUU